ACGCGCGGAGUGAGGGAGGGGGAGCGAUUUAAGAGGCGGUCUGCCUCCUCCUCCUCCUCGGGCGCGAGCGCGGCACGCGUUGGCAGCGGUAUGCUAAUGAGGAGGAGGAGGAGGAGGAUGACUGACGAGGAGGAAGGCGUCCCGAGCGGUGCGGCUCGCGCCCUUCUUCUUCUUCUUCUUCUCCUUCUCAACGUUCUAAGUAUUUUUCAUUCAGAUAACUGAAGAUGAUGACAGCCGAUUAAUCUGACUUUCCAACAUUCAGCAUACAGGAAGCUGUUGUUAUCCCAGGACAGACUGUUUGUUCAUCUAGUCCACUACUGUCUACUGUGAUUGCCAGGACUUCAGUCAGAAAAGGGUCUUUCACAUUAUCUGCUACCUUUCUUGUUAAAUGAAAAUACUAGAGACUGGAUCUUAUACCUUCUGCAAGCAAAGUGUGUUUUGUAGCACUGAGUUUCCUCCUGAAGUAGGGUCAUUCCUGUGGAAUAAAAAGAUUCUCUGUGCCAGAGGAACUGCAAUAGCUGUAUUUCUGGCAAUAUUUGUGCUAAACACAGCAGCAAAGAAAAACAACUUCACGAUAUGUGGAUUGUGAGGAAAAGGCUGAGAAUGACCAGGUUAAGGUUGCCUGAGAGAGUUGAUUGCAAACGGAAGAGCUUGUUGUGAAGGCGCAAGCUGAACAUCUGGAAUGUUUUCUGUUCGGUAGCAUCAAGGAGGGAGAGGCUACUACAGUCUCAACAGGUGCUGUGCAAGACAUACAAUCAUCUCAGUUUUUGACAUGAAGAAAGACAUUGAUGCCUUAAUAGCAGAGGAAAGAGCAGAAAUUAUUGCUAAAUACGAGAAGGGAAGGCAGGAAGGGGCUCAGAUUGAUCCAUGGGAAGAUGCUGACUUCACACUCUACAAAGUUACAGACAGAUUUGGGUUUUUACAUGAGCAUGAGCUACCGACCCGCAGUGCUUUGGAAGAGAAGCAAAAACUUCAGGAGAUUGAACGAGUGGACAAAUGGUUGAAAAUGUUAAGAAAAUGGGGAAAGUACAGAAACAGUGAAAAGAUGUUCCGCAGAGUUUAUAAAGGGAUUCCACUCCAAGUCCGUGGCCAGGUCUGGUCUCUCUUGUUGGACAUUGAAAAGAUUAAGAUGGAAAAUGAAGGAAAAUAUGAGAAAAUGAAAGAACAAGCCAAGGAUUUCUCAUCAGAGAUAAAGCAGAUAGACCUUGAUGUCAAUCGAACUUUUCGAAACCAUAUCAUGUUUCGGGAUCGCUAUGGAGUUAAGCAACAAGCUUUGUUUCAUGUUUUGUCAGCUUACUCUGUUUACAACACGGAAGUGAGUUACUGCCAGGGAAUGAGUCAAAUUGCAGCUAUCCUGCUGAUGUAUUUAAAUGAAGAGGAUGCCUUUUGGGCACUGGCACAACUGCUUACCAAUCAAAGGCAUGCAAUGCAUGGAUUUUUCAUUCCUGGAUUCCCAAAGCUGCAGAGAUUCCAAGCCCAUCAUGAGGCAAUCUUAAAUAAACUUUUUCCAAAGCUGAAGAAGCACAUGGACAAGGAGCAGAUGUCUACAGGGAUUUAUACAACUAAGUGGUUCCUACAGUGCUUCAUUGAUCGGACUCCAUUUACUCUAACGCUGCGACUUUGGGAUAUCUACAUCCUGGAAGGAGAGAAAGUUCUGACAGCCAUGGCUUAUACCAUUCUCAAAUUGCAUAAAAAGCGCUUGUUGAAAAUGACUCUAGAAGAUCUACGGGAAUUCCUGCAGGAAAAAAUUGCUGCUUCUUUGCUGUUUGAAGACGAUAUUGUAAUAGAACAGUUGCAAGCAUCAAUGGCUGAAUUGCGCAAAAUGAAAUUUGACCUUCCUCCCCCAGCAAAAUCUGAAGAAUUUCCCAAGAAAAUCCUGGGGCUGGAACUCUCCUUAAAUCUGGUGUCAGCAAAGUCAAGUGUUGCAGCUAAUGGACAGCAAAAGGCUGUCAGUGACCAAAACCAAGAUAAAGAUGUUCUAAUACAACCUUCUCCAGAUAAAAGUCCUUCUCCUCCAAAUGAAACUAUUGGCAGUAGAUAUGUGGCCAAACAUGAGAGCACCUCUCUUUCACAGCCUAAUGGGCUACCUUUGCCAGCUGAAGAGGCUGUCAUGGACCACAGUCCAUUCCAGAAUAAUGAGCCAAAAGAAACAUUUGGAGUAGAAGAGAAACAAAUAGAAGAAAAUGCCAAUGGAAUUCCUUCAGAGGAUAAUCCGGGUGUGUUCAAUGAAAUUCAUAUCAUUGGGAAAAGUCAAGAUGAUCCUAUUGCCACUAAUGAGCCUGAUUCAUUAGAGAGCAGCAGGACAGAGAGAGGUAGUUUACAGCAAAACAUCCCCAGACUUUCUACAGACAAUAGCAACCCUGUUUCCCAAGAGCCCACAGGGUGUGUGUCAGUUGAUAGCACUCUCUGGGAAUCUCCCUUGCAGAGUCAGACUGUAGAAGUAGACCUUUCUGUGAGCCACAAUAGUAUAACUUCAUUGUCAGAGUCAGAGUCACCCCAUCAAGUGCCAUUGACUCCAUCUGUUGAAGAGCAAAGUGCCAUAGAAUCACCAGCUGUGCAAAAUUCAACAGCUCUUCAGCAUGAGAGCACCACUUGUUCUUCUGAGGAUCUGUUAUCUGAACAUGUUGAACUGCUUCCAGAUCACCUGUGCCAGCCCCCAAAUACAGACUCCUUUUUAACACCAGGACACAGCUUAUCCACAAUAUGCGCUUUGCCGGAAGACAUGGUAGCUUCAUGUACAGUUGAAGAACAUACUGCUCUCCUUUUACCAUUUGAGGAUGGACAGCGGCGACCUUCUAAUGCAUCUCAAUAUGAUAACUUGUGUGACGGUGAAGAUAAAGGUGAAGAAUAUAACUCUCCCCUACAUGUACUUAGUCCUGACAAAGUGGCAAUUUCAGUCCCACAGGCUGAACUCUCUACUCCAGUGCUAAAGUGUAUAAUGCCCAAGUCGGCAUCUGUUGAGGAGAUAGAACAUCUGCAGAGGCAAAUUUGGCAAACGGUAGAUUUGGAACAAGAACAAAAAGGACUUGGCCAAGCCUUCAGCACAUUGUCUCAUCAUAAGAGACUGUCUGGUGGAGGCAGUGUGCCACUCUUAUCAGAGCUAGACUCCGAUGCACAAUUUCUGUCAGAAGCCUUCCAUGGUCGACCCUCUUCAUCCCCAGUGUUACAGGAGCCGCACAGCCCCUUCCGAAUAGUAAAAACUACUACUCCUCUUCAUUUGGCUCAUGCUACAGAGCAAGACUUCCUGAACAAAAAGCAAGUGGCUCUGCCUUUCCUUGAGGCCAGCCACCAUGAUGCAACAGAUAAUGACAAACUUAUUCUUGCAUUCAUGGGUGCUGCAGAAGAUAGGAUUGCCCAAGACUGUGUUCAGAAGACAGAAAAUGCACUGGGUGGCUCACCUGCCCUUCAAAGGCCAAAGCCAAAAGUGCCACCAAAGAUUUUCAAAACUCAUUCAGAGAAGAGUUUAUCUAGAGGCUGCCCUCCCGUGGUGCAGAUGUCCAAAUCAGUCACAUUCUAGGAGAGCUGAGAAUGCAUUUAUUUAAGGGUACAUGGUAGUUAUUCAUAAGAGAUGGGAGAAGCACAGCCACGUGCAAUACUAGGGAGUCAGUCCCAUAGCUAGUCAUGCUGUGCCCAAGAGUUCAGGAUGAGGUUUUGAAUACAGGCCAGUCUUUAAUAGAUAGUGCCUGUGGACAGAUUUUUUAAACUUGGCUUCUCAUCUUCAAACAGCUCCCAAAGUGCUUUUGAAUCAUGUUUUUCAUAUUGCCUCCCUCAGUGGGUAGAUCUCUAACACAUUUAAUCUGUUGAAACCAUUUGCACUGUUUCCUUCCAAAACUUGGAACUAAAAAUUAAGUUGAAUGUUAAAACAGCAGUGAGCUAGAGGGAGGAAUUAAAGGAAGCAAGUGAAUACACAGUUGCAGGUUUGGGCCAGUAGCACAUUUUUCAGUAGCAGUGCUUGUUUCUGUUUUAGUCUGGCUCCCAAUAUAGUAAAUGAAGUUAUGGGUGAUUCAUGUAAGGGAAGUUGGCUUCAUAGCAUCUAUGCAAUAUCUGCACACACAUUAUUCAUGUGUGUGUUUCUCAUGCAGCAAAAUCUGGCAAUUCAGCAUGCCUGUUCUUAGUUGUUUUGCUCCCUUAUUUGUUUACACUGAUGAGGUUUCUCAAAGAUUUCAAAAUAUCCCAUGUAAAUGGUUUUCUGUUCUGCUUGGCUGUGUAAUUUACUAUAUGGGAAGCAAGGACAACUUCUGAGGAAAACCAAUGUGGCAGUCUAGAUUUUGUGUGCUGAAUUGUUUGCAUGUUUGUUCUUGCGCUCAGACCAUUUGUGUACUCCAGGAGGGAUGGCAAUAGUAGGCGAAGAGCUACAGCAAGGUCUUUGCACUCAUGGUUUUUUUCUUAUGCAGUUUCUGGAAGUGAGGUAGCUUCUGACUGCUUGAGACUAAGAGAAGGCCUGUGCAGCUCUGCAGGAACUAGAAUUCUCCAGGCUGGUAUCAUGUGAUUACUUAAGUGAUCCCCAUGUACAGCCCACUCUUAUGAAAGGUAUCAUGGGACAGUCAUCUGCAGCCCUAUUGCAUGUUUACAUGCAACGUUUACCCAGAUGUUAAUUCCACUAAGUGUGCAUAGGAUUGAUUUCCUAGUGCCUUGAUGGCCUUGCAGACAUCUUUGUUUGCCAGCAAAGUGUACAGUACUCAAGACAGAAAUUAUAGGUUUAGAAGUUAGCCUUUAGAAGGUAGGAUAUGUUUUGCUUUAUUAAUGCAGGUAUUACUAAAAGCUAGCUUUAAAAAGAAAAUUAUUCAAGACCUGUUUUUUCAAAUGUAAGUUUAUUGCUAUUGGAGCUUCCCAGCCACAGCCCAGCACAAAAAAACCCUCUUCUCCAGGCCUGAAGUUUUACUUGUUAUCUAGCCCUGUUUACACCUUGACUUCUUAUGGGUUGCUCUUUGCUAUAUGAAAAGAAAUACCCCCCUGAAUAGUUGGCUGAUUUGAGAUCAAGGACUGAACAACAACACAGAUGCAGCCAUUCAGUGGGCUGCCAUUUUCUAGUACUUUUCUGUAGAAGUAAAAGAGUUAAGCUCAAAUGCAGUUUAUACCAGCCAUUUUGGCUUCCCUAUAUCGUUCACAGCCUAUAUGGGUUUAGUACUAGGAGGUACGAUUCCCCUUUUUUUUCUUAAACCAAUUCUUUUUUUAGCCUUUGUAAAUGACACUUAAUCCUUCCCUCACAGGAGUGAUAUAAGGUAGAUCAAUAGGGAGGUCUUGCAGUGUUUUUGGAGAAACUAAAUAAAAUGGUUGCUAAAUUGAAGUGGUCAGAAUAUCCUACAAGGAAGGAACAAAGCUCAUGCAUGAAUGGAGUGUUAUAUGUUACUUCCCUGUCCAUUGCACAGCUGAUGAAAAAUGAAUGUGUCUGUAUAUAUAUCAUCCCACCAGGUUAGUAUGUCAGUAUAAACCAGUCUCAUUCUUUUUGCUCAUUCCUUGCUAAACUACAACAGAAGUACUGAAAAAUAAAUGAAAUCAACUUGAGAUUUUCCUGAAAUCGCACAAAACUGGCUGCUUGGUUGGUUCAUACUGUACUGAAUAGGAGCAGCCUGAGCCGUCAGUUUUUGUAUCUAUUGCCCCUCCAUUUUCUGUCUAACAAGGUGGGAUCAGAUGCUCAGGGCUAUUAAGGUAAUCCUGUAAUAGCUUCCUUUUAAAGAUGCUUGUUGCAAAACAUUUCACAGUUGUCAAAUGCACAUCCCAGAAAACACCUACAUGCCUUGAACCUGUGAUACCCACAAAAAGAAACACUGAUGGAGAAGGCAGGCUCCGAGCAGUUGUAGCAAAUGAGCCAUGAGACAGGAGGAAAGGAUUUCCAGGUCCCUGCUAAAGCCGUACAGUAUUUAUUGCACAGCAUACUUUUGGAUAGUGGUGGGAAAUGUGUGACUUACAGCUCUACUUGGCUUCUAACUGCCAUCAACUUCAGCCAGCAUUUUCAGUAGUGAGGAAUGAUGGCAUUUGUAGAAUCAAAAGUGAAGGGCCUAGGUUCCAUAGCCUUUCUUUAAACUUCCAAUUGCACUGAAAAUUUUCUCCUAGUAGGAAAAGGCAGAAUUUGUUUUACCUGUUGCUUUUUUAAUUGCUCUAGUUGGCUGCCAGGUUAUAUUGUGGAUAGGACUGUAAUCAUGGCAGAUCCUCAGAGUAUUAUUUUGCAGUUAAGGUGUUUAUUUCCUCUAUUGUCACAUCCCUCCCCCCCAACAAACCCAGAUAACCCCAGCUUAAAAAAGCUGUCCCAUUUCCUGCAGUUCAGAUCAUGGUCAAAUUAUUUUCUUCCAGUCCAUGUUUGCUAGGUGUGGACUUUUAAAAUCUUAUUCCUAUUACUAGGGGCAUUUCACAUUAGUGUACAAUGAAAAAAGCAGUUCUUUAUUUUAAAGCCAUGUCUUUUCUUUUGAUCUAUAUCUGAAUAUUUAUGCAUUUCCCCUCUUCUACCACUGCCCCAAUAUGGUACUUUGUUCACAAUCCACUGGCAUUAAAAUGUUUUUUAGGGCUUUCUUAUGACUCUUACCUUUCCCAGACCAUUCCUGGGUGCUGUACUCUCUGAAAUUCUCAAACAAAUAUAGGAUGACUUCCAUUCAACAUGGUGGGGGAUGGAAGCUGUGGUGCUAUUUCUUCCUCUGCUGUUUUUGAAAGGAUUGUGUUGUACACUCAGAGAGAGCCAAGGGACCAUUCAUCCAGUGUAGAAAAUGGAGGAAAUGGUUUUGAAACUAAUCUUACAUUCACACCACAGUGCAUAUCCGCCAUAUUAACUAUCAUAUCCCAUACUAGUUGCCUUUGUACUGAUUAUUUACAUUGGCUGACCAUCAACAAAAUAUUGAUGGUCAAAUGGUCAGAAAAUAAGUUAUUGAAAAAGAAGUUCUUCUUUGAUUGGAAAUAGUAGUCUUCUGCAAAAGAGAAAGCAUGGGCAGUGUAUGUAUUGCUCCAUAAGCUGAUUAUGUAGGAAGGUUCUAAGUUUAAAUGUUCAAGUUUCUGUUUUAAUAGGAUACGGCUAAAAUUUAACUUUGAAUUAAGGCUGAAAGAGUUGUAAAAAUAAAUUUUUGGUUGAAUUUGCUGUGGGACUUUGUCCUAAGGAAGAUGAUUAAUUAGUUGUUUCCAUAUAGUCAAAAAAUACAUAUGUAGGAUUCCAUAGGAAGAUUAAUAACCUUGAAUCACAUUGAGACCUCCAAUAUAUAGAGUUUUCAUUCAUUCAACAUACUCUUAAAAGGUGACAUGUUCCAAGGCAAGAACAGGCUUCAUAUGUCCUCCUCUAGACAUGCCCUUCGCUGUGUAAUUUUGGUUAAGCCAAGAACAUGAGCAACCCAGAGUCUACCACAGAUAACCUCAAACUUGCAACCAGUGUUAACCACACAAAUGGUUACUAAGACACCUCCCUGCUUCAUAGUGUUACUAGAAGGUAAUGGUUGCCUAGAGCAGUGUUGCUUAAACUAUCUGAUGUGGUGAGUCGGGAGAUUGUGAUAGGGACUGGCAACAGAUUUGUGCAAUCUACAUUUGUUUCUUUUCUGGGCGUAAAGGCCAGUAUCAGUCCAUGGACAACCACUUUGAGUAGCACUGGCCUAAAGCAUGAGACAGAAAGUACUCAUUUGUUGUUGUGUGCUUUCAAGUCAUUCCCAUCUUAUGGCAACCCUAAGGCAAACCUGUCACAGAAGUUUCUUGGCAUACAGUACUUCAUUCAGAGGAGGUUUGCCACUUCCUUCUCUGCAUCUGAGAGAAUGUGACUUUCCCAUGGUCACCCAGUGGGUUUCCAUGGCUGAGGAGGGAUUUAAACUCUGGUCUCCCAGAGUCCUAGUGCAAUACUCAAAGCACUGCACCAUCCUGGUUCAUUUUGUAGAUGCAACUAUUUAUAUUACAAUGUAAAAUGUAGCCUGACAUAAUAGAUUACAUCAUGCUGCAUACUUUAUUAUGAAAAAGCAUUCAGGUAGCAAUUCUAUAGUUGCAAGUAAAUCCUUGCAUGAAAUAGUAACUAGUGUUGAAUAAUGCUUAAAAUGUAGCGUUCUCCUUGCAGUACAGCUGCCAAAGCAAAAACUGAAAACUGGUCAUCUAGGCUUUCGCGUAGUGUCUGUCCCAAGGAUGCUCUCUCUGUUAUAGUUCCGUGUAGCAUACCUGCAACAUGCUUACAUUAAAAAACAAAAGGGAAGCAUCAUCUAUUUGUAUUUAUUGCCGAAAUCUUGUUUCAUUGGAGGAAUUUGUUCCAAGCCCACACAAAGAGCCAAAUCCCCUGCUCCAGCCUCUUCCAACUCAGAUUUGGAAGCUAUUACGUACUGCAGAAGAAAAAAUGACUGUGAGGUCACAGUAGUGUGCUGCUCUGCUUCCUUCCAGGUAUUCCCUUUAACCCAACCAGCAGUUAUGAGUACCAAGUACUUUGAUCUUGAGGAAAAGCGGUAUAGAAAUAAACAGUUAUUACUACUACUACUACUACUACUACUAUUGGGACAAGAGAGAACCUCAUGUGGUGUAUGUAGCGGAAGGACAUGACCAUUACUUUGAAUUUUAGUCUAGUGUGACAUAACAGGAAGAGAAUAUGUUUCAGUGUUUUCUUAACACCACAAAUAUCCUGGUGUCAUAAUGAAGGGUAUCAAAGUACUAGAAAAUUCAAGCUGCAAUACAUGUAAAAAGUGGGUUAGACGAUGCCAGGGGUAGAAAGAGACUUUGAAUAGGAGGUUAAAGGAGGCACUAAUUCAGUCCAUUUCCCACAGAACGUGUGUUCUCUUUUCGAUGGCGGCAUUACAUUAAAGCAGACCUUAGAAAAAGUAAGUUUCAGACUCCAACUGUCAGAAUCUUCCAGCCAGCAUGGGCACUGGCUUUGCCAGCUGAGGGAGUCUGGGAAUUGAGGCCAAGAAGUAACUUUCCCAAGAUAUGUAUUAAAGCAAUGAUAUUUAGUUCAUUUUCCAAAGGUGUUCUGUUUUUGGACUUUCUAGACUGGAGACCAUUUUUAAGGAAACUUUAAUUCGGUGUCCUGGCACCAUUAGAGAGCUCUUUUGCGCAAACACCAUGUAGACUAGAAUCUCACAUGCAAGAAGGUAAUCGCCCUUCCAUUUUUGCGGACUUGGAAUUUGUUUCUUUCACCUGUUUGUGGGCAGCAAACAGAGGUGGGAAAAUGGGGUAUACACCACGAUUGAAGCCAAUCGGGCUUGAAUAUCUGUGAUUUUCUGUUUUUGCAGGGGGGGGGGGCAGAUCCUUCCUAAAAAUGAAGAGGGGAGUAUUUAAAUUUCAGCAGAGUCAAUUUUUUUACUCUUUUACAUAAAAAUGAAUGAGGUAUAAUCCUUUGCAUGUUAGAACAGCAAUUAAUUCAACCUACUUCAUGUUUGGUCACAAUGAGCAAUGUGUUUCUUGUUUGUUGUCAUUAUUCCUCAUUCAGGUUCACCAUCUUUUGACCCAAGAGCACUCUUACCAUAAGAGAGGGCAGAGUGCACACUCAGCCUUGAAAUUAUUUGUGAGCCUGGUUGAGACUGUGGAAUUUUCACUGGCAAAAUGUUUAGCCCCUGCAAGCAAACUAAGUCAAGAAUAACUUCCCCUGCCCUUCAGCAAAUACUUAAUGGCAUCUAGAACAUUCCUGUGUAGCAGGAAACAGAGUCAGUAUUACUUCAGGAACUCAGGAAAAUAUUUCUCCCAUCCAGUCCCUAAAUGGAGUGUGUGUGUGUGUGUGUGUGUGGCUGAGAUGCAUUUAGUUUUUAAGUUAUGUGUAUUAGGGCUAGGAUCAGAUCCAACUCUUAGCAGAAACAGUACAACCACAGGGUGGAAAUUCAGUAUGAGAGUGUUGGAAACUCUUCCAGUAUUGUAAUAUGUAAUCUCUGCAGUUCACUAGAUUGGAUUUUUUGGUGCACUUUUGUAGCUCUACUGCCAUCGUCUUUUUUAAUUUUACAUUUUAAUGCUUUUCUUGUUUACACUUUGGACAGCUUCCUCUAUAACUUUGUGUAUUGUAUUAUUGCUUUUAUACAUUUUAUGUAUAUGUGUGGGAUGGGGGAAGAAUUAUGGAAUGCAAAGUAAAUCAUUUACAUUUUAAAAUUCUGAUCCAAAAGGAUUGUACAGACGUGUUACAAUGCUGUGUUUUACACUGUUAUAAUAAGUUAAAUUUUAGCAUACGUUGCUGCAAAUUUGUUAGUGUAUUUGAGACAUGGGGGUUUUCUCCUGAGGGGUUUGUUUGUCCCUUCCUGUCCUGGGAGUGAGGUGGGCUAACAGCACAUGCAAGCAUCACAGGUUGCAACAAGCCUGUCCCAUUGAAUGAGCACUGGACCAGUGGUGACCCACCCUGCUGGCAUUUGGCUUUUGAGGUAUGAAGAGUUUACACAUUUGCAAUGUUUAGCUAUGAGAAAAGACCAUAAGCCUUAGAGAGCAGGGCUGAGGUCCUACAUGCAACUAGGGUAUAUCCAUGAAACUGCCUGUGCAGUUUCAUUGGGCUAUUGCUUCCACCCUGUGUGAAAUGCAGCUUCCCAGUGCUGGAUUACAUGCUCAUGGCCUUUAGUGCCCAGGGAAUAGCAUGGGGUGCCAAAUAAGCACUCAGUUGCAGCGUUGCAGUGGGCAGGAAACAAUAGCUGUGAUCUUCCCAGACCUCAAGUGAGUCAAGUUGGAUCCAAGAAGGAAACAGCUGCUUCUCUCAGGUACAUCUCACAACCCCUAAAUUACCCCUCCUUUUUGAAGUAGACUUGCUCUAGAGAGGAAGGCAUUGUGUAAGGGAGCACUUCAUAUUUCUUUUGCACAAGGAAUCAUUUUGGGCACGCAUCACCAGGGUACACAAGCAUGGAGUUUCUGUCAAGUAACUUUUUCUAGCGUGAAACAUUGUGAUACCUACAUCUGGGUACUGGCAAAAGUUAUUCUGAGUCCCGGAGGGCCACCUGGACUUCUGCAAACAACCUAUCUUGUGUAAGCAUCUGAUCUGUAGUGAAGCACCUGGCGGUAGCUGAGCCUAUAUGCCAAGGGUGGGAAAGCUAUGCAAACUGAAGGUUGGACCAGAGUUUCUGGCAUUCCUUAUCUAUGCUUGCUCUGCCUAAUGGGAGCUUUAAUCUAUCAAUGCUUUGCCCAUUCCUCUGCAGCAACCUAGGAGUGGGGAAAAUAUUGUUUCAUACUAUCCUUAUGGUUUCUUUCACAUGAGCACCACUAUCAAGGGCAUGGGCCUUCAAUGGCUGUUUUCUUCUCACCAAAUAAAGGCAGAUACUAUUUUUCUCCAGGCUCUCAUACAGCCAGUGUGCAAUAAUUAAGAGGCAUAUAUCUCCAAUGCGUUGCAGCCUAAUCUAAGGUAUGUCAUAGCAGCAGCCUACCACUAUAGAAACAUAGGGCUGAAAUGAAGAUGUGGAUUCUCCGACAGCUGGGUUCAUCUUAUAGUCCUGAAGCAUCAAGGAUGACUUGUAUGGAAAUUCUUCAGUUUUGCAAUUGGUCUCUAGGAAAGGAUUCAGUUUCAGAUACUCAUCUCUCAAUCUUAGAUGAGUUUUGGUUUCUUGCAUUCAUUCUAGCUUCUUCCCUUUUUUUUCUCUUUAAUAUGGUUAGGUGUCAGUAGGUAGAAGUCAACACCUCAGAUUCCUUCUGCAUGUAAUGGAAGAAAUACAUGAAAUUCAUAAAGAAAUACUCUUAUGUUUUUUACCCAUGCUUUGUAGAUCUCAUGAAAUUUCACUAAAUUAUUCAUUCUCAUUGA